GUGAGGUUGCUGGUGUCUCUUCCGUGGGGCGGACUUGUCAGUUCUGCGUCUUGGUGGCCCUUCCAAAUGUUCUGGAUCUGUGCAUGGGAUGCUCCAUUACCUGGCAAUCGACUUAGGGGGAAAGAAUCCUCGGCGGAGAGUGCAGCGUGACCUCAAAAAGAACUACAGGAGGUAGGAGUGACUCCUGGUCUACUAACUGCAAAGCUCCACACUCUCAGAACUUGCUCAGACAAUUCUGACCUCCUAGAACCUGUAUAACUCAGGACUGUGCCCAUCCCUAGGCAUAGGAGGAAACAUGACCACACUCAAGGAGGCAGUGACCUUCAUGGAUGUGGCUGUGACCUUCACGGAGGAGGAGUUGGGGCUGCUGGACUUGGCCCAGAAGAAGCUGUACCAGGAUGUGAUGCUGGAGAACUUCCGGAAUCUGGUCUCAGUGGGGUGUUACCACUUCAGAUAUCACAUAUUCCACUUAGAAAAGGAAAAAAGGCUUUGGGUGGUGAAGACAGCAACUCAAAGAGAAGGGAAGUCAGAAGAAAAGAUCCAAAGUGAGAUGGAGACUAUUUCAGAAGUAGGACCACAUGAAGAGCUUUCCUGCUGGCAGAUCUGGCGACACAUUUCUAGUGACUUAACCAGGUGUCAAGACUCCAGGAUAAAACGUUCUGAAUUCCACCAACAACAUGACUCACCUGGCCAGAAUGGGGCCGGACUAUCUGUAAUUCACACUGGCCAGACACCUUCUCAGUGUAAUGAAUGUACAAAAUCUUUCGGUGAUCUCUCCAACUUUGAUCUUCAUCAACAAAUACACUUAGGAGAGAAGUCUCAUACAUGUUGUGAGUGUGGAAAAAGCUUCUGUUACAGCUCAGCACUUCGCAUUCAUCAGAGAGUUCACUCGGGAGAGAAACGCUAUAAGUGUGAUAAGUGUGGCAAGGAAUUCAGCCAGAGUUCACAGCUGCAAAUUCAUCAGAAAGUCCACACUGUAGAGAAGCCAUUCAGAUGUGAGCAGUGUGGGAAAGGCUUCAGUCGUAGAUCAACACUUACUGUUCAUUGUAAAUUACACACGGGAGAGAAACCUCACAAUUGUGACAAAUGUGGAAGGGCCUUCAUUCAUGCUUCACAUCUUCAGGAACAUCAGAGAAUCCACACUGGGGAGAAACCAUUCAAAUGUGAUAUAUGUAGUAAGAACUUCCGCCGCAGAUCAGCACUUAACAGUCAUUGUAUGGUUCACACUGGAGAAAAACCAUACAAAUGUGAGGAGUGUGGGAGGUGUUUCACUUGUAGCUCAAAUCUGCAUAUCCACCAGAGGGUCCACACAGGAGAGAAGCCUUAUAAAUGUGAGGAGUGCGGUAAAUGCUUCAUUCAACCUUCACAAUUUCAGGCCCAUCGGAGAAUUCACACGGGAGAGAAGCCAUAUGUAUGUAAAGUAUGUGGUAAGGGCUUCAUUUACAGUUCAAGUUUUCAAGCCCAUCAGGGAGUCCACACAGGAGAGAAACCAUACAGAUGUGAUGAGUGUGGGAAGAACUUCAGGAUGAAAAUCCAUUAUCAAGUUCAUCUGGUCGUCCACACAGGAGAAAAACCCUAUAAAUGUGAGUUAUGUGGGAAAGGCUUUCGUCAGAGUUCAUAUCUUAAAAUCCAUCAGAAGGCCCACAGCGUAGAGAAACCCUACAAGUGCGAAGAGUGUGGGCAGGGCUUCAAUCAGAAUUCACGACUUCAGAUCCACCAGCUGAUCCAUACUGGUGAGAAGCCAUACAAAUGUGAAGAGUGUGGGAAGGGAUUCAGUCGUAGAGCCGAUCUCAAAAUUCACUGCAGAAUCCACACUGGAGAGAAACCGUACAAUUGUGAGGAGUGUGGAAAAGUCUUUAGUCAAGCAUCUCAUCUUCUGACCCACCAGAGAGUCCACAGUGGAGAAAAGCCAUUCAAAUGUGAGGAAUGUGGCAAGAGCUUCAGUCGGAGUUCACACCUUCAAGCCCACCAAAAAGUCCACACUGGAGAAAAGCCAUACAAAUGUGAGGAGUGUGGGAAGGGCUUUAAGUGGAGCCUGAACCUCGACAUGCAUCAGAGGGUCCACACAGGAGAGAAACCAUAUAAGUGUGGGGAAUGUGGGAAGCACUUCAGUCAGGCCUCAAGUCUUCAGCUUCAUCAGAGUGUCCACACUGGAGAGAAGCCCUACAGAUGUGAUGUGUGUAGUAAAGUCUUCAGUCGGUCUUCACAGCUUCAGUAUCACAGGACUCUGCGCUUCCCUGGAAGGAGAGAGAAGAUGAACAUGUUCAUGGAGGCAGUGACCUUCAAGGACGUGGCUGUGGCCUUCACAGAGGAGGAGCUGGGGUUGCUGGACUCAGCCCAGAGAAAGCUGUACCAGGAUGUGAUGGUGGAGAACUUCUGGAACCUGGUCUCAAGAUACAAAACAUAUAGAAAGAGAAGAGAGGCUUUGGAUGAUGAAUUCAGCGACCCAGAUAGAAAUUUAGAUGAAAACAAUCAAAGUGAGUUGAGGGCUGUUCAAGAGAGAGGAUUACAUGAAGAGCUUUCCUGCUGGCAAAUCUGGCAACAAAUUGCGAAUGACUUAACCAGAUAUCAAGACUCCAUGAUAAAUAGUUGUCAGUUCCACAAACAAGGUUAUUCCCCCGACCAGGUUGGGGCAGGACUGUCUAUUCAAAUUUCUGAAGAUGAGAACUAUAUGUUAAAUGAGAAAGCAGGUGGUCCCAGUGAUACUGGAAAUCCAAGGUUUGCAUCUUUGAGAGCCUGGGAUUCUUGGAGAAAAAGUUCCUUGACUGAGUCACAGAAUUAUCGGAAUAGAUACCUGGAAAUUUCCACGCAAAGUAAACUGUGUCAGUGUAAAGAGGAUGUUGACAGCAUUGGUCAGAUCUUAUUCCACCUUGAUGAUCGAGGAGUACACAGGAAUGAAAAGUCUUAUUGCCACAAUGAUUAUAGAAAAGACAGCACGAAGGUUUCCACAUUGGAUCAGAAUAGUAUGAUUCACACAGGACAAAAACCUUACCAGUGUAACGAAUGUAAAAGAACUUUUACCAGCCUUUCUACCUUUGAUCUUCACCAGCAGUUACACUCAAAAGAGACGUCUCACAUGUGCAAUGAGUGUGGAAAAGGCUUCCGUUAUAGCUCAGUUCUUCAUAUUCAUCAGAGAGUUCACAUAGAAAAAUGCAGUGUCUGUGAUGAAUGUGGAAAGGAAUUCCGUCAGAGCUCACAACUGCAAACUCAUCAGAAAGUCCACAGCAUAAAGAAACCAUUCACAUGUGAGGAAUGUGGGAAAGGCUUCAGUCGUCGAUCAGCACUUACCGUUCAUUGUAAAGUCCACACAGGAGAGAAACCUUACACUUGUGAGGAGUGUGGCCGGGCCUUCAGUCAGGCCUCCCACCUUCAAGACCAUCAGAGAGUCCACACCGGGGAGAAACCAUUCAUUUGUGAUGCGUGUGGUAAGAGCUUCAGUCGGAAUUCACACCUUCAGUCCCAUCAGAGAGUCCAUACGGGAGAGAAACCGUACAAAUGCGAGGAGUGUGGGAAGGGCUUCAUUUGUAGCUCAAAUCUAUACAUUCACCAGAGAGUCCACACAGGAGAAAAACCCUACAAGUGUGAGGAAUGUGGGAAAGGCUUUAGUCGGCCUUCAAGUCUUCAGGCCCAUCAGGGAAUCCACACUGGAGAGAAGUCAUACGUAUGUAAUGUGUGUGGUAAAGGCUUUACUCUGAGUUCAAACCUUCAGGCACAUCAAAGAGUCCACACAGGGGAGAAACCAUACAAAUGUGAGGAAUGCGGGAAGAACUUCAGGAGGAACUCCCAUUAUCAAGUUCAUCUGGUCGUCCACACAGGAGAAAAACCCUAUAAAUGUGAAGUGUGUGGGAAGGGCUUCAGUCAGAGUUCCUAUCUUCAAAUCCAUCAGAAGGCCCACAGCGUAGAGAAACCCUACAAGUGCGAGGAGUGUGGGCAGGGCUUCAAUCAGAGUUCACGACUUCAGAUCCACCAGCUGAUCCAUACUGGUGAGAAACCAUACAAAUGUGAAGAGUGUGGGAAGGGAUUCAGUCGUAGAGCCGAUCUUAAAAUUCACUGCAGAAUCCACACUGGAGAGAAACCGUACAAUUGUGAGGAGUGUGGAAAAGUCUUCAGGCAGGCCUCAAAUCUCCUGGCCCAUCAGAGAGUCCACAGUGGAGAAAAGCCAUUCAAAUGUGAAGAAUGUGGCAAGAGCUUUGGUCGGAGUUCACACCUUCAAGCCCACCAAAAAGUCCACACUGGAGAAAAGCCAUACAAAUGUGAGGAGUGUGGGAAGGGCUUUAAGUGGAGCCUGAACCUCGACAUGCAUCAGAGGGUCCACACAGGAGAGAAACCAUAUAAGUGUGGGGAGUGUGGGAAGCACUUCAGUCAGGCCUCAAGUCUUCAGCUUCAUCAGAGUGUCCACACUGGAGAGAAGCCCUACAGAUGUGACGUGUGUAGUAAAGUCUUCAGUCGGUCUUCACAACUGCAGUCUCAUCAGAGAGUCCACACAGGGGAGAAACCUUACAAGUGUGAGACGUGUGGCUUUGAUGUGGUAGUCUUCCAAAGGUAUUAACUUUCAUCAAGACUUCCAAAGUUGAGAAGAGAUGCUGUUUAUAAAGUAGAUUACUUUCAUCAAGUUCUCUACUCCAUUACUACUCCUUCCUGGCCUGAAAUAAAAGGAAAAAAAUUA